ACAGUAAACACUAACACUUUCAAAUUUGUUUAUCGUAUUUUUCUUUUGCAUUAAAAUUUAAAGUAUUAUACUGCAACAAUGUCGGUUGAAAACUCGCCGAAAAAUUCACUGAGUACUUGUAAUAAAAUUGAAACUGUGGAAGACUUAGAGAACAAAGACACGUUGAUAAAACAUGUUGAUAUAUCGAUUGUGGAAUCUGAAAAGCGCGCUAACGGCACUCUGCAUGUCCGCGAUCAUCACACUGUUUAUCUUAUCGAUCUCAAAGUGACAGACCCUGAUUACAAAUUGGUACAAACCAAAAUCAGUACAAUAUGGAGGCGUUACACAGAGUUUGAGGAAAUCCAUGAUUAUCUACUACAGGCGUGUCCUUUUGUCGUCAUUCCACCUCUACCAGAGAAACGAGUGCUAUAUGCAUGGCGUAAAUCAGACACAACAGAUCCAGAAUUCAUAGAGAGAAGAAGAGCAGGCCUAGAGAAUUUCCUUCUACGAGUUGCCUCUCAUCCACGCCUAUGCUUUGACACUCAAUUUAUUAAUUUCUUACAACGUGAACAUGAUUGGAAGGAAUGGAUUAUGGACAACGGUUAUUUGUUACAAGCGGAGAACAAGCUCAAGUCUCUAUCAGUAUCUAUUAGACUAAAGAAACCAGAUCCUGAAAUUGAAAGCGUCAAGAACUAUGGCAGGCAGUUAGAAUCAAAUUUAAGCAAUUUCUUAUAUACAAGAUCAAAAAUAAUGGAAAAGAACUAUGCACUAUCUAAACUACAUGCAAACUACGGCAAGCUCUUCAGUGAGUGGAGUGUUAUUGAAAAGGAAAUGGGCGAUGGACUGCAGAAAGCUGGACAUUACUUUGAUUCAAUUGCCGAUUCCAUAGAAUCGGUUGCAGAAGAUGAAGAGCAGUUAGCUGACCAACUGAAGGAGUAUUUAUUUUACGCUGCAGCACUGCAGCAGGUGUGUGUGAACCACGAAUCUUUUCAACGGGAUCUUGAAUACGCUCAAGAAGUGCUAAACAAUCGGCUCGCGGAGCGCCAGCGCGCGGCGGCCGGCAAGUCGGGGCUGAUGGCGCGCCUGUUCGGCACCACGGACCCCGACAUCGUGCGCGACCAGAACACGCGCGCGCUCGACGCGACCAUCCUCGAGGACAGGCGCCUGCUGGAGCGCCGCGCCAAGGACUUGGAAUUAUAUACCAAAAUAGUAGCAGUUGAAAUAGCGUAUUUCCAAAAGCAGAAGGAUAAAGAUUUGCAUGAAUCACUCGUAGGAUUUAUAAAUUUGCAAGUCAAAGCGGCAAAGAAGAAUCUUCAAGCGUGGACUCAAAUCAAAGAAUGCCUUCAGAACAUGCUUUAAAAAUUUCACCACUCGGGCACACCAAAUUACCUGCUAUUUAUAAUAUAUAGUUACAUAAGGGCAUUACACUUUUAUAUCCCUUUUAAUAAUUAAAAAAAAGAAUAUUACUUUCGUUAAUAAAGGGUUUAAAAAUAUUUACGUGACCAAAGUUGAAACUAACGUGUAAUAUAAAGCUACGGCAAUAUAGUUACAAUUAAGUGACUGAAAUUCCAUUAUUGUAGUUUUAUUAUUUACUGAAUCGCAGAUAUAGCCGUAGCUUAACUGUUAAUGUCUUUUCGUUGAGUCACGUGCGUGUAUUCAAUUUAUAAGUUGGUGUGUCUUUGCCUAAUGUCUUAACUUAUAGGAAAAAUUUAUAAAUAUUUGCUUUACGUUUACACUAUAUACUAUUUGUUUUUAUGUAAAUAAUUUAUUUGUGUGAAGGCGCGUUUUAAGUCUAUAAAACUCUUUGGUAAUAAGAUGAAAACUAAAAGUAGGAAAUUAUAAAACCAGAAUUUUUCUAUAAUUUUUUAUCCAACUAGGCAAGGUCCACCAACGUUUUCCACUCCAAUUUUCAUAUGGCUAUUGUAGAACAGAGUAUAAUUGAAAGCUUUGUAAAUGCAAGAUGGCGCUAGUGAGGUUGGCUGUAUAUGGAUCAACGUCAUUGGUUGAAAAAACAAAAUGACGUGAUCAUCCACCAAUCAGGUUAAAUUCUACACUAGCGACAUCUAGUGAAUAUUCGUGUGUUAAACCUUAGUAUACAGUGUACAGUUUAAAAAAAAAUGUAAAUUUUUAUAUCAUAAAACUAUUUAAAUAUAUAAAA